ACCCACCUUCUCCGUCUCCUUCACACCCCCCCCCCCACCCUCAGCUACGCCUCCACACAUCGAAGGUAAGAUUUGUAGAGUGCAGGCGCUGGGAGCAAAGCUUGUCUGGGCAGCAAGGUAUGGAGACAGGAUUCACCUGUCCGCCUGUCACUGGAAGGAGCUCCUCCUGCCAUCGGGGACUGGAGAACGCAAUGGCACCCGCUGCGGCCAGAGCAAGGUAGCAAUGGCCCCAGUCUCUUGUAUGGAGGGGAAGUCUCAUCCAGACUGAGGAGGAGGGAAGAGCGCAGACCAGUAUGAGAGUGAAGCUGAGCGUGCUGGACCUCUGUCACACCGUGCUGUGCAUCGGAUUGAUGCUCUGCGGAGAAGGUGGGGUGUCGUCUGUGCUGGCUCUCGGUGCUAGUAUCAUCUGCCGGAAAAUGCCGGGCUUAUCACCGAGACAGAGAAACAUCUGUGAGGCCCGUCCAGACGCCAUGAUCGCCAUCGGCACCGGCGCUCGUCUGGGCACUGAGGAAUGCCGCUACCAGUUCCAGCACAGCCGGUGGAACUGCACCUCCCUGGGGGAACCGAGUCUCUUUGGACCAGAGCUAAAAGUGGGCAGUCGAGAAACCGCCUUCUAUUACGCCAUCCUGUCGGCCGGCAUCGCCCACACCAUCACCAACGCCUGCAGCCACGGCAACCUGACCAACUGCGGCUGCGACCGGGACAAGCACGGGCACCACGACCCCGAGAAGGGAUGGCGAUGGGGCGGGUGCUCCGCCGACGUGAAGCACGGCAUGCGCCUGUCCCGCGAGUUCCUGGACGCCCGGGAGGUGAAGCGCAACGCCCGCACCUUGAUGAACCUGCACAACAACCUGGUGGGGAGAAAGAUCUUAGAGAAGAGCGUCCGCCUGGAGUGCAAGUGUCACGGGGUUUCGGGCUCGUGCACGGUGAAGACUUGCUGGGUCACCUUGCCUCAUUUCCGAGAGAUGGGCUACAUGCUGAAGGAGCGCUACAAGGAGGCGGUGAUGGUGGAGGCCGUCAGAGGGAGGCGCCAGCAGCUGCCCACCUUCCUGAAGCUGAAGAACCCCCAGAGCUACGCCAAGCCGGCCGAGACGGACCUGGUCUACGUGGACGGCUCCCCCAACUUCUGCGAGAGGGACGACGCCACGGGGAGCGCGGGCACCUACGGGCGCCUGUGCAACCGCACGUCCGACAGCUGCGAGCUCCUGUGCUGCGGCCGCGGGUACAAGACCUUCCAGUACACCCACACGUGGCAGUGCCACUGCAAGUUCCACUGGUGUUGCCACGUGACGUGCAGCACGUGCAGCGAAAGGACGCAAGCCUAUACGUGCAAUUAGAAUGUUACGGACGGUGGUGUUGGGUGGGAUUGGUGGACGAUCGUGGGAUUUGCCGAUUGGCGGGGCAGAAUCUGAGCGGCUUUUCUAUGCCGCCUUUUCUUGAUGGUAUUACACGACGUAGACUUCCUUCUCUCGAGGGAUCCGCCCCCAUUCUGUCUAGCCCCACCCCGGAACUGAUGACAUCACUACGCC